AAAUAUCAUCCAAAAUAUUGUCAUUCAGCAUGUGGUGAAAUAAGAUGGCGAACAAGGGCCGAGAUGGAGACGGCGUAGACUCCAUCAGCUCUCUGCCUGAUGAGCUCCUACAACACAUCCUCUCUUCUCUUAAAACCGCAACUGCCGUCAAGACUUCCACCUUGUCCAAACGAUGGAGGCAUGUAUGGUCUGGUACACCUUCUCUCUACCUCGUUUGGAACGGGCAUAAUUUUAAAGUUGAUUCGAUGAACAAAACCCUAGCUCGCUACACGGCUCACAAGAUGACGAGUUUUCAUCUCUAUGCCGAUAACAUUAACAGGUCCAUCGAGUCUCCUGACAUUAACAGGUCCAUAGAGUUCGCCAUGUCCAAGAAUGUGGAGAAUAUGUUGCUGGAUAUACGUUAUUAUAGGUAUAACUUACCUGAGUUCUUGUACUUCAGUUCCACUAUCAAACAACUCACACUUUCGGUACACAACUACUACUCUGAUAUGAAGGUUCCCACAAGCUCAGUGUCUUGGACAUCUCUGAAGAAACUGUCACUGUUUUGUUGCAAUUUUUCUGAGGAGUGCAUGGCUAGGAUUCUAUCUGGUAGUCCGAUUCUCGAACGCCUAAGGUUGGACUUUUGCAGUGAGCUGAAGGUUAUUGAUGUCAGCAAAUCUCUAAGUCUGAGAACAUUGGAAGCAACCAUUAGUGCUGCGGGAAUCCAAAUUGUGGCACCACAUAUCCGUUGUCUCAGAUUGAAAAGCUGCUUGUAUCAAUGUACUUUAGUUGAUGUCUCUUCUUUAACCGAAGCUAACCUAGAGAUUAGCGUAAUGUCAACUGAAAUACUGACGGAUGGUUUUCCUCAAGUUAUUAUGCAAAAGAUGGUAGAGAAGUUGCAGAACGUAGAGACACUUACCUUUGGGCCUAACCUUCUUAAGAUAUUAUCUGUUGCCGAGCUCCAUCAUCUUCCUUUUCCGAGCUUCAAGGUUAAAGAUUUGACGCUUGAGACAACGAUCUCUCAAGAUGUAAUUCCUGGCUUAGUAACGGUGCUAGAAAACUCACCUCAGCUGAAGAAGCUAACAGUGCAACCAAAGCUCGUUAAUGGCACCGUACUGGGGAAGUCUCUUGACGACUUGUUGGAUGUGCAUGGCUUGAUAUAUUCGGAUCAACGCUGGAGGUCGGAAGCGAUGGUCUUUCCAAAGAUUUUGACUUGGGAUGUUGAGCCAAAGCAUGUGGUUUCAUUCAUAAAACUUAUUCUCAAAACCACAAAAACAUUAGAGAAGAUGGUCUUAGGGUUGGGAUAUUAUCUUCAAGGAAGACAAGUUGAAGAGUUUCUUGAGAUGGUUCCAAUGCUUUGCCAAGACAACAAUGUCUCCAUCUCAAACAAGUUUAAUCAGAGGGGUUUAGUAUCAACAACAGUCUAUCAAGUCCACUCUGGACUAUCAUCGAUUGUAGGAUGGCGAAAACCUUGCCCCUCCUUUGUUAAAUGCAAUAUUGGUUCGUCAUGGCUAGACGCCAAUCGGAACUGUGGAGCGGCGUGGAUGGUGCGUGAUCACAUGGGACAACCUCUGGUUCAUGGACGUCGGUCAUACUCCAUGGUUGCAUCUAGUGUGGAGGCAGACCUUCUAAGCUUCCAAUGGGCUAUAGAAUGUUUGGCAACUAGUCAUUUUGAUGCAGUUGUCUUUGAAUCGCCCUCUUAUAUUGCAGGGGAGGCAAUCUUGCAUCCAGAGUCCUUUCCUCAGUACGGAGCUAUGCUCAACUCCAUACGGAGACAGCUGGAAAGCUUCAGGCUCUGGAGCAUUGCUUUCGUUCGUAAGGAAGGUAACCUCUGUGUGGAUGCAAUUGCUCUCAGUGUUACCCGUGAUCAUCGUUAUCAGUCCUACAUAGGGCGUGCUGGACCGUCGUGGCUUAACCAAUUGAUCCAAGAAGAAGCAGCUGCAACCACUAACCCCGACUAAGACCCGAUAAUGCCUCUGUUUCUGUUUUGGAUAGAGAACUCUUCCUUGAGUUUCUUUUUCUCUGUUGGUUUGCGUUUAGGCCCUUUUGGUGCCUUGUAUUAUUACCUCUCUCAUAACUGUUUCGAGAUUGAGAUAUCUUUUCACAUUAAUGAAGUUUACCAAGUGUUAAAAAAUGAGAAGUUUCCAUAUUCAUUUACUUGAGAGUUCUAGAUCUCACCUUGGUAUAUACAUAUAGAUAUAUAUAUAUAUAUAUAUUUAUACGGUACAAUUUAGCCUAUAGGAUUAUUUGAUUUAAGAUGUAAGUGAUGUAGCUUUAAUAUAAUGGUCAGAGUCUUGGCUCUGUUUAUCUAGCGUGGGAAGCCUUACGAAAUUUCACUCCUUUGUACUUCCUUUACACUAGUGGAUACGCUUUCACUUACCCUCUUGCUCGCCUCUUUGGCUGAAAAGUCGUUUGCUAUACUCAUUACCCAACCAUUAGUUUGGAUAUGAUAUCUUGUGUCGUUAAAGGAACUCCAUGUAACAACAACGCUUCAAUCGCCAAGAGGUUUUGGUUUCUCCUUGCUUAGUUAGUGAUUUAACUUCUGUUGGUUUGCUAGUGAGGGUUUUGUUUUGUUGGUAGUGACUGUAGAGUUCUAUAGAAACGCCAUGUACUGAUGUACAGGUGUUUGCUCAAAGCUCUUAUUCAAACUUGUUUCUUGUAAUACACAGAGCUUUUGUGAUUCUUAUCCUAUGGGAUCAUAGAUGAACGCUUUGGAAUUAGUGUUGUUGAGUACAUGACUGCGGCUGGUGCAAUCCCAAUAGGUCAGACUUAAGGCUUUUAUCCCAGAAUUUCAGUUACUCUUAUAUCUUCUUAAGGCUCAUCUGUUUUUUUUUUUUACUUGUGGUGCAGCUCACAACUCGGCUGGACCCAAAAUGGACAUUGUGUAGGAAGAAGAUGGACAAAGAACAGGCUUUCUUGCUGAGACUGUGGAGGAAUAUGCUGAAGCGAUCCUUGAGAUUGUGAAGAUGAAAGAAACAGAGAGGCUUAAGAUGGCUGCAUAUGCUGGAAAAUGAGCCACGAGGUUCCCUGAACAACAGUUAAGUGAGGACAUAGACUUGUUGUCUUCCUGAUUCUACUUGACUGGUUAAAAAGUUUUGUCAUCAUCAGACGUUAACUUUCAAUAGCACUGUCAUGUUUGCAACUACUUGCGUUGUCUUUGAACUCAUGUUCUUUUCAAUGAAAAUUAACCAAGAAUUAGAAAAAGAAAAAAAAAAGUUAAAGGGCAGGAAGAACCAUGCAUGGCCCGACAAACCCAUUGGUCUUACUAUGUCUUUGUCGCUUAACCGCAGAUUGCUCUACAAACCGGCGUUAAUUAGGGUUAGGUCGCUCGGUGCCGUUAAGCUGACCACAGCAUCUCUACUUGUAUUAGUUUGCAACUCAUUUGUGUGGACAAUAUAUAACAAAUAUGUGA